ACGAAAUGGUGCUGGGGGCAAGAGCAGCAAACCGCAUUCGCGUGUCUUUCAAGGGCUGUGACUGAAAACGCGUGUUUAAACCUGCCCGACUUGAAUCGUCCGUUCGUCUUGCAGACCGACGCAAGCGAUUACGGAUUAGGAGCAGUCCUUCUGCAGGAACAUGACAGCGUUCUUCGUCCCGUAGCUUUCGCCAGUCAUACGUUAACCGGAGCGGAGCGAAACUACUCAACGACCGAAAAAGAGUGCCUGGCAAUUAUUUUUGCGCUUAAGAAGUUUGACAUGUACCUUGACGGCGCUUCGUUUAGCAUUCAAACUGACCACAUGGCUCUCUCGUGGCUCAAAGGGCUUCAAAACCCUGCAGGACGACUCGCUCGAUGGGCCCUUUCGCUCCAGCGCUACAAAUACACAAUCGAGUACAAGCGUGGAGUGGCUAACCACGUUGCAGAUGCGUUGUCCCGUGCUCCACUUCUCGGGCAGGAAAUGCAGGUGGAUCCCGACUUGGUGGCACUGGCCAAUGCGGCGCCCAUCACACCAGAGUCGCGGUGGGGAACCCUGGUGAGCAGAGAGGAGCUCCGAGCGGCCCAGCUGUCCGAUGGACUUUGUCAGAAGGUGAUGCACCAGCUGGCAGAAGAAAACUCAGCCGACGCUGGGAAUCCCAGAGACUUGGACUCAUACCUGCUCAGCAGCGACGGCAUCCUGCUGCGAUACAUCCCCCAGGCGGACGAUGGGUCCAGCGGCCCGCCAUUCCGGUCUGUAAUACCACGUAAACUGCAUCCUGCAAGCACGCAGCGCACAACCACGCAGUUCGCAGAAGAUCUCCGGAAGCGUUUCACGGAGAACCUGCGUGAAGCUCGAGAGAGCCUCGACGUCUCGAGACUGCAGCAGGCAAACCAGUACAACAAGGGGAGGCGAAAUCUGCAGUUCAAGUUCCUCGUGCCAGACAGCGGCGACGCAGCUCCCAUCAUCAGACCACCCCCCAUGGCUGCAUCGGUACUGUCCGGAAGUACUGACGUCGGACCCGUGCUCGCUCAUCUGAGAAGACCCUUGCUGACCAAGAAGGAAGGCCCCCCCGAAGACCAUCAAAGACGUCCUCUGUUUUCGUUUUUGGAAGGGGGGAGAUGUGUGGGCAACCUGGCGAUUCCAAGCGGUUGGCCCAGGCUGCCCCUCCGACAAUCAUAAGUGGUCAUCUUGGCCACGAGGGGGCCAAGGGCAACUGGCCACGCGAGCGGCGCUCCGCCGCUGAUAAAAGGCCGUCGCAGCGGAUGCGCGGGGGCUGUUGGGAUCGCGGCGCAGGCGAUAGCGGUCAUUAAAUGUUUACGUGUUGUU